AUGGAGUACUGUCCACCGAAUGUAACUUUAGGGGAAAUAUGGGUGGACCAUGGCAUUUCACAAUGCUUUAUGGAGACAGUCAGUGCAGCUAUUAUUGGAGUAUUUUUGCUUGUAUUUGGUACAAUUCAAAUCAUUAUGUAUAAAAGAUAUGCCACAGAGGUAAUAGAUGUAAGAUCAUCACAACUAUUUGUAGUGCAAUUGUUUUUCACAUUAUUUGUGCCUGUAUUGGCAGUUGUAAGAUUUUUACUACAAGCCUUUGUUUUCAAAGGUGGUCACAUCUAUGGGUAUAUGAUUGUAGCUCUAGUCAUAACGAUAAUAGUGUUUCCAUUAUCUGCAUAUUUGGCUCUCAUUGAAAGAAGAUAUUUGUUGCCUUCAGUCCCACCUAGAGGACAUGGCUUCGUGCUUCUAGCGUUUUGGGCUAUGAUAUUUGUUUCAGAGAACUUGUCAUUCCUGAAUUUAAAUAAAGAGGGAUGGUGGUGGCACUUGAAGAACCUUCAAGAUCGCCUAGAAAUGGCACUGUUUGUAGGCCGGUACAUAUCAUGUAUGAUAAUGUUUAUAUUAGGUAUGAAAGCACCGGGAAUUAUGCACCAAUUUGAAUAUUUAGAAGGUGAUGAUAGUAAUAGACGAAAUUUACUACCAAGGGAAGAGAACAGAUCGACGUUCCGUAAUGUAUUUACGAAAUUACGCACUCUAUUGCCGUUCCUUUGGCCGAAGAAGAGUCUGUUACUACAGGUCUACGUGUUGAUUUGCAUAUUGGCACUAAUUGCUGGACGUAUUAUUAAUUUAUAUGUUCCCAUCUACAACAAGCUUAUUGUUAACAGCCUAUCCCUACCGCCACUGUACUUCAGAUGGGACUUGGUAGUCAUCUAUGUGGUGUUCAAGUUUCUCCAAGGCGGUGGUACUGGCGGUAUGGGACUUUUAAACAACAUGCGAUCUUUUCUCUGGAUUAGGGUACAGCAGUAUACAACUAGGGAAUUACAGUUAGAGUUAUUCAGGCACCUGCACGACCUGCCCCUAAAAUGGCACCUCUCCAGGAAGACUGGUGAAGUCCUGAGGGUGAUGGACAGAGGGACGGAUUCCAUAGACAACCUUACAAUGUAUGGUUCGGUGUUAUUGUCUUCUCUACAGCUAUAUCAGUAA